ACCUUAAUGUUAAUGUUUAGUCUUAUUGGAAGUCUUUCAUUGGCAGUAAUUGUUAUUCUGGCUAUGAUUGUGUGCAAGAUCAGCAAGUCCGACAAGAAAAACAAAGGUGAUUUUGUCUUCAAAGAAGCAUCCAAUGUGAACCACAAUGUGCACGGAGCUGAACAUCCACCAUAUCAUGUCGACACGGAUAAUAUUAAAGGCAUCUCAACAGAAAAUGCAUUAAAAGAAAAUAAAGGAAAUUUUGCAAUUGGAGGCGAAGGCGAAACAAAAGCAUCUAGAGAAGAUUAUGAUGACAUUGAGAAUAAAGUGUGUUUCAGCAACAGCGUUACUCAGAAAGACAAGAAACAGAGUAAAAAAUCUAAACUAUACAAAAUUAAAAACAGUCAAACACUGAGAAAUGUUGACAACUAUGAUGAUAUGGAAGAUAAAAUAGGGGGUUCAAAACCGGGCUCAGAAAAAAAGAGUGGUAAAUACAAAGAAACUCAACACGAGAGUAAACAUGAAAAUAGUAAAUAUAAUAUAAAUCACGAAUCUGAAAACUGCACAGAUAUUGAGGAACAUAAUUUUAACAGAGAGAUUCAAAACGAGACUGCUGAUGCUAUGGAUAUGGCAAAAGUGAUUGUAGGUCAGGGAUACCCAAUGGAUGUUGACUAUGACGAAAUAGAAGAUAGCAAUGAUGUUUCCAUGCCAUCAAAAUCGACAAAUGUAUGUACUAAUGAACUUAGUCCAAAAGGAUAUACAAUAAUGAAUAUAGGGAACGUAUCAAAAGGUACAUUACAGAGUAGGAUAUUUACAGUUGAUGGCAUUGAAGGUUCAGAUAAGCAUGGUUUCAGUGUGAAUGAUGCACAAAAGAGUACAAAAGAUGAAAGGUCAGAGUUCUCAAUGCCAAUGAUUGAUGACGAGUAUGCUGAAAUUCAAGAUUCAGGUAAUUCAGUAUAUUCCAGUGCAAGCCUUAUUGAUAACGAAUCCGAUGAAAGCAGAUUUAAUUUAACAAAAAGUGAUAACACAGCAACCGCUUCGGUGAUCUCGAAUAUUCAAAGCACAUUCGACGUUUUAAGUCAUCCAGUGUAUGCCGUUUCUUUCAAGAGUUCAUCGAAUGCUAAAUCAGGGCCUGAUUUAGUAACCAAACCUGAGAUUUCAACAAACAUUUUACCAAAAGUGUCUUCAAGGAAUUUCGGAAAUAUUUCUCAGCCUGGAUAUUUUGUAGUUCAAGCAAAUGAAUCAGAUGAACAAAAGCAAACACAUUUGGACUGCGAUGUACAUGAAACCUUUUAUGAUCAACUUCACUCGAACAGACUGGAAGAAUACAAUGACCAAUCAGUAUACGAUCAAUCAAUGAAUUCUGACUAUCAUAGCAAUGAAACAUUUUAUGAUAAGCUACACGUGAACAGUCUAAAAGAAUCGGACAACGCAUCAGCAGACUAUGAUCAUGUAUGAGGGUCUGGAUGGGGAUCCUUCAUUUCUGUAGUCUUUAAUUUUUUCGGUCAUUUUUCUCUGUUCAUUAUACUUUUUGUCUAUUAUUCUCUAAUCUUUAUAUUUUAGCACCUCAUUAUUUACCAUUCUUUAUUAUUUUGGUCCAUUUUUCUUUAUUCUUUAUAUUUUUUGCCCAUUAUUCUCUAUUCUGUAAACCCCUAUUCACACCCCAUGUAUGAAGCAACUUGUAAUGACAAAUAUUAAAGGAUUAUAUAUUUACAUCUCACUGGUAAUUUCUAACUGAAUUAUUUGAUAUAUAUCUUACAGUCUUCAUUGUAUUCAUUGAUUAUAA